AUGAUUACCACUAAUAAAGACGGUGCUAAAUCUAUACCAAUUGUAGAACAACGUAUCACAGAUAUUCCUGAUAUUCCUAUCACUUCUGGACGUGUUGGUUUGCAUGACUUCACUUUAUUGAAAGUGAUUGGUCGUGGUAGUUAUGCUAAAGUAUUUCAAGUGGAACACAAACCAACCAAUCGAAUUUAUGCAAUGAAAGUGAUUAAAAAAGAGACUAUUCUAGACGAAGAAGAUAUUGAUUGGGUACAAACGGAAAAACACGUAUUCGAAUGCGCUACCAACCAUCCAUUCCUUGUGGGAUUGCACUCAUGUUUUCAAACUAGGAGUCGAUUAUUUUUUGUCAUUGAAUUUGUUAAUGGUGGGGACUUGAUGUUUUAUAUGCAACGAAAUCUACGCUUAGCUGAAGACUAUGCACGUUUUUAUGCUGCAGAAAUUUGUAUUGCUUUAAAUUUCCUACAUGAACGUGGUAUUAUUUAUCGUGAUCUCAAGUUGGACAACGUCCUUAUGGAUAGUGAAGGUCAUAUUAAACUAACAGAUUAUGGAAUGUGCAAAGAAGGCAUUGUGGGAGAUAUGACUACAACUACAUUUUGUGGUACACCAAAUUACAUAGCUCCCGAAAUAUUGAAAGGCGAAAGCUAUAGUUUCAGUGUUGAUUGGUGGGCUUUGGGUGUACUAAUGUUUGAAAUGCUUGCUGGUCGUUCUCCCUGGGAAGGUGUUGGACAAUCAGCUAAUCCCGAUCAAAACACUGAAGAUUAUCUAUUUCAAAUUAUCCUAACACGUCCAAUUCGAUUCCCGCGUUCAAUCUCUGUUCGUGCCACUAAUAUACUGAGUGGAUUUCUCAAAAAGGUACCGACUGAACGUCUUGGUUGUGCACCAGACUCAAGUUUUGCUGAUAUUAUGAAUCAUGCAUUCUUUGCCCCGAUAGAUUGGAUCGCAUUAGAACAAAAGCAAGUUCCACCACCAUAUCGUCCAACUUGUGGAGGUGAUAGAGAUCUGAUACAUUUUGAUCCAGCAUUCACUGAUGAACCGGUUGUACUUACACCAGAUAACGAGGCCAUGAUAUCACGCAUAGAUCAAACAGAAUUUGAUGGUUUCGAAUAUGUCAAUCCUUUAUUGAUGUCACUGGAUGAACAAGUAUAA